CUAAAGUCUCGAAUCUCUCUUGGAAACUAAAAGAGAAAAAAUCUCAAAUCUCCACCGUCCAUUGUCUGCGUUAAAUAGCCAGAUCCGACGCCAUCCCCAACCCUCUGUCUCUCUCCCUCGCCAUCUAGUGUGUGGCUCUCGGUAAACAACCCUAACAAUCCGAUAUUUGAUUGAUAAAGGCAAGGAGAGAAGAUGUUUGGAAGAGGGCCAAAGAAAAGCGAUAACACCAAGUACUAUGAGAUUCUUGGAGUCUCAAAGAACGCUUCCCAGGAUGAUCUAAAGAAGGCUUAUAGAAAAGCUGCCAUCAAGAACCAUCCUGACAAGGGUGGUGAUCCUGAAAAGUUUAAAGAGUUGGCCCAAGCUUAUGAGGUUUUGAGUGACCCAGAGAAACGUGAGAUAUAUGAUCAAUAUGGCGAAGAUGCCCUCAAGGAGGGAAUGGGAGGUGGAGGGGGUGCUCAUGACCCAUUUGACAUUUUUCAAUCCUUUUUUGGUGGUAACCCGUUUGGUGGUGGUGGUAGCAGCAGAGGCCGUAGGCAGAGGAGGGGUGAGGAUGUCAUCCAUCCUCUCAAGGUUUCUUUGGAGGAUCUCUACAAUGGCACAUCCAAGAAGUUGUCUCUUUCGCGUAACGUUAUCUGCUCAAAAUGCAAAGGUAAGGGAUCCAAAUCAGGUGCAUCAAUGACUUGUUCAGGUUGCCAAGGUUCUGGAAUGAAGGUCUCCAUAAGACAACUUGGUCCAUCUAUGAUCCAGCAAAUGCAACAUCCUUGUAAUGAAUGUAAGGGUACUGGUGAGACCAUUAAUGACAGGGACCGCUGCCCUCAAUGCAAAGGUGAAAAGGUUGUUCAGGAGAAGAAAGUUUUGGAAGUUAUUGUUGAGAAGGGUAUGCAAAAUGGACAGAAGAUUACAUUUCCUGGAGAAGCUGAUGAAGCUCCUGAUACUAUCACAGGGGAUAUCGUUUUUGUCCUACAGCAAAAGGAGCAUCCUAAGUUUAAGCGAAAGGGUGAUGACCUAAUUGUUGAUCACAGUCUGUCUCUUACAGAGGCACUGUGUGGCUUCCAGUUUAUAUUAACCCACUUAGAUGGAAGACAACUCCUCAUAAAAUCCCAACCUGGGGAGGUGGUGAAGCCCGAUCAAUUCAAGGGAAUCAAUGACGAAGGUAUGCCGAUGUAUCAGAGGCCAUUCAUGAGGGGGAAGUUGUACAUUCAUUUUAGUGUUGAUUUCCCAGAUUCUCUUCCUGUUGAUCAGUGCAAAGCCCUAGAGGCAGUUCUUCCCUCUAGAACAUCAGUACAAUUGUCUGACAUGGAGCUGGAUGAAUGUGAGGAGACCACUUUACAUGAUGUGAACUUUGAGGAGGAGAUGCGAAGGAAACAACAACAAGCCCAAGAGGCAUAUGAUGAAGAUGAAGACAUGCAUGGCGGUGCACAGAGGGUGCAAUGUGCUCAGCAAUAAAUUAACAAAAGGACAUCGUCUGUAUUAGCGACGAGAUUGAUUUAUGUGGGUUUGACUUAUGGUUUGUGAGAAUAAUAUUCUCAAAAAUUCAGUCUUCUGUUAUAGGAUUUUAGACUUCUAGUUGCUGGUAUGGGAUUUCAUUUGUGUUUGCAGAAUUAUAUUAGAUGUCUGAACCUGAAUUUUUUAAUGAUAAGUGUAAUGGACCUUUGGUUGCAUU